CUUGAAGUUGGUCUCGCGAUGUUUUCGAGGCCGCCAAGCGCCAAGCCGAAGCUGUAUAAGGAGAAGUUGCGAGGCCACCGCCAUGCCGUCGUGUAUCUCUCCAAGCCAGAUGGAGCAGAAGGACGUAGGCAAAGACAAGACACUGUCACGGCGAUGCGUGUAUUGGCUGCCAUGGCGACUGCCCUUGUGCUUCAGCUUUUCUCCUGUCCAUGGCAGCCGACGGCACACUCAGGCUAUGGAACCUGCCCAAGAAGACAAUGGCCAAGAAGCUGGAUCUAUCGCUAUUGCCGGAUGAGGAGGGAGAGGAAGCCGGGAGGCCCAUGGCGGCUGCUGCUGUCACAAUCGGGGCAAAGAGGAGGAGCCAUUUGUGUGUACUGAGCUAUCAACUGACCUUCGCUCUGCAACGGGCCUUCGGCGGCACGUCUGAGGGAACGAUUAUCCAGUGGAACCUCGAGGCAAGGAUGACGAGAGAGGCAAGAGGGAGACACACAUUGGUGUCUGCUUUGUUGUCAUGUGUCAGAGCGGCGCUUUCAUUGGUGAGUACGGCGGCCACACAAGCGGGGAUGCAGUCACGGCGCUUGAGAUCAUCGAGCCGGACUCGUCCAAGGCUGGUGUCGAGGGCCCCAACAAAGGUGGGCGUAUCUCGGAAACGACUGAGCCUGGCACUGUUGGCGCGCCUUUUCAUUGCAGGCAAGAUAUCCUCGCUGCUCAAGACGAAGGGUCGUCUCGUCAGCGGCUCGCUCGAUGGCUGUGUCCGUCUCUGGGAUCUGGACGUCAAGCUGCGUCCACAGACGACGGACGCGGCCAGACCACCGCAGCCGGAGACACAGGGAGCUGAUGAAGAGGUCAGCAAAGAGACAAGCAUGAUGGGUCGAUGCCAUAUCUUCUAUGUCUCACAAAUAGGAAAUGGGGGAGGAGGCCCCGCAGGCAGCCAGUGCUGCAGGAGACUCCUCAGUCGCCCUCUCAGAAGCUCUCGACGUGACGCCAGUGUGCACUCAUGUGCUGCGUCUCGCCACCCCAGUGAGCGUGGUGACGUUCAGUCCUUCCCCAGGCACCUGGCUCGGGCAGGGACCGAGAGGUGUGCUGAUGGUGGGGUGCUGGGACGGGUGUCUCCGUGCUAUUGACCUCGGCGGGCUGACGUGCAAAGUCACGAGGAGCCUUGUGGCUGCUCCGUUUGGCCCCGAGCCCUUCCUACCGCAUCCACCGACAACUCCUCUUACGUACAAUGUCGUGUCUGACAUCGGUGAAGCAGGUACGUAGCUAGGCGCACUCAUGGACGAGAAUGAGAUUGAUUGAGGUGUAUUUCUCUACCUUCAGCCGUGACGAGUCUGUGGGUGUUCGACGAAAAUGCACCGCCCAGCGUAAGGCGUUCAGGCAGGCCACAGUCAGGGCCAGAGAAUACAUUAGAGCUAACGGUUCAUUCACGUGCUCUGCCAGGACGGGGUAUCACCUGCUCCAACGUCGCCGAGACAGGCGGCUGCGUCCCCGAGUGGCCUGGACAGGGGAUUCGCUGGGCUCUCCGAUGGACGAAUCUGCAAAUGGGUACUCGUGGUGAGCCUUCACUCAAUGCAAAAAUGGAAGAGAACAUGCUGUCCGUCACACUGGGCCAUCAGGAUCCAUCGCUGACGGGCAAGGAGGCUGCAAAGGUGGCGGCGGCUCUGGAGGGCUUCGAGCACUCGUGGCAGGCCCACAGCGACGCCGUCACUCACCUGGUCGUCUACGGCCGCGAGAUCUACAGCGCCUCUGAAGACGGGACCAUCAAGGUGUGGGACACCAAGAGUCGCCGGCUGCUGGACGACCUGCAUGGGCAUGACGGCGGCAUCCUCAGGAUGGCCUUCAGCGACACGCUGCUCUACACGGCAUCGAGAGACGCCUCAAUUCGGUCGUGGGACCUGGAGGAGAUGAAAAUGCGGAUACGUGAGAGGGAGGAGUGCAGGGAAAACGAACUCUUCAGUCGACGGCGGGAGAUCAUUGACGAGCUCGAGAGCAAGUAGGACAGAGACGCGUGUGGCAGGAUGAUGAGACAUGACUUGAAUGGUGUGUUGGUUGACUUGCUUUGUUGUGGCUGCCUGCCUGCCUGCCUGCCUGCAGGAAGAAGAAGCCCAAGAAAGGCGGGGGCAAGAAGGCGGGCGGCAAGGCCAAGGGAAAGGGCAAGAAAAAGUGACCUGACCACUAGUGGUUUGGCGGAUAAGAAUGUGUACACAUACAUACAAGUACUGUACAUGCAUCUUGAUUGAGACAUAUACAUGUAUACAGCUCGCCAAUCAACACACCUUUG